UCACUUGGCUCAAGGUCCUCUCCGCCUGACGAUCGACCGACCGACCGACCGACCGCCGACUGCUAACUCAUCCAAUGCCAUUGAUGUAUACACCAUGUCGCCUCUGCCCUCGCUCCAGCCCACUGUCCCCACCAUCCCAUCUCUAUUAUCGUCCUCAUCCUCCUCAAGCGACACCGCUAUCAUUUCGUCCUCCGAUUCAGUCCACCACCGCCCAGUACGUCUAGAUCCUGCACCACUACCAUCCUUUAUCCCUUUCAAGAGAUCAUCAGGCACUGGAGCAUCCUCCAGUCAGUCAAUCAUUCACCCUCGAUCAUCAUCCCUGAGCGAGUGGUCGAAUCUCCACUGUCCAUCACUUGACUUUGGCCAUGCUCCUCCUGCUCACACUCGCCUCCUUCCUUCUGAAGCACUGAAUAGACCUCCCAUUUACCGACCUCUCCCGCCGCCUCUGCCUCCUUACGUCCCUGACCCAUCUCCCUUCCCAGCCCUUCCUUCAGGUGACGGUCCGAUCAUCCCACUAUCUCCCACUCGAUUCAAUUCUCAGACAUUCACAUAUCAUCAACCUCAACCACGACAUUGGCAGAAUGUUUUCCCACCGCCUUCUCCCUCCGCUUUGAUCGCUCACGGAGGACUGUUCCAAGGUCCCAUUCACUCACCGUUUCCGUUCUUCACUUGGGUCAGAGACGAUUUACCCACGGCCGAGAUACCGAUGAGCAAGAAACAAGCUUCUACACCUGGAACCGGGGCCCCGUCAGUCCCUUCGAUACCGUCUCCUAGCGAGGCUCCUGUCCCAGCCAACAAGAGGCGAAGGACCAGAGGCUCAGGACGCCUCGCGACAUCGUGUGAUGUCUGCAGUAGAAGGAAAGAAAAGGUGAGGCUGUCAACGAUAUGGUACCGCGGGACAGCGCAUCCGGCUGAACUCUCCGCGAGACACAGUGUGAUCAGCUACUCCCUUGUGCACGUUGCAAAGAGCGUGAGGUGCCAGAUGAAUGCUCGUACAGUCGGGUGGAGCAGAUUCAGGCAGCCAAGGAGACGCGGCUGAGACGCAAGUUUGCAACGGCCGAUGGUGGUAGAGCCAUGUCAACUGCCCAUGAAGAAGCUGCGGAGGGGAGUCCGUGUAGGGACGA